GGGGCUGUAGGAGAAAGGGACUGUGAUAAACACCACACUACCCUCCCCUACCUCUGGCAAAUCCGCAUCUAUGGAGAAUGGUUCAGCUUUGACGAUGAAGAAAACCAGAAACUGGAACAAAGCUAUUGUGAUUUACAGGACCUGGCAAUCGCAAAGAUUAUGGCUCGGAAGGAGAGUUUCGAAAUCAGGGUGCAUUUUGCUAAAGAUUAUGGAAUCAUUGAAAAAUCUGCUGGAAAACCUCUGAACACAUCUUGUCCCUUGGAAACAAGACGCCUAUCUACUUCUUCGUUUGCCACGGAAGACUCGCCUCUGACAUCGGGUUCCUUCCACACUCAGUGGAGGUGGUACUUCUUAGAUGACUUUCGGCGCUGGAUUCUGUACGAAAAGGAUGAAUUUCAAUACACACUAGAGAAGAAAUACGUAAUGGGACAAAAGAAUUACCUGUUCACACGACGAAAUCACAGACACCAAUACAGAAUUGAAUUUGUCGACUGGACACAGCUAAACUAUGUCACCUCAAAACUUCGCUUGGUUGCAAGACGACCAAAAUUUGUUUGCCUCUCUAAUGUUUUGACGAAGUCAUUUCCUAAGUUUCUGAAGAUACGUGCACCUGAACCAUAUCCUCAGUUAUGGAAUCCAGUGGAUAUAACGCACGACUUUGAAUGGGUUGACCUAGAUAAAACAAAGCCAGAAUUAAAAAAGAUAAAAACUAAAUUUUCGAGACACUUUCUGAAAAACGUUUUCAGAUCUGCAAUAUCUACCGCAUUCAGAAUCUGGUUCUUUGGAAAGAAUAUGAAAU